CACAAAACCAACCAAUCGGAGAACUCGAGAAGGUUCAUUCUGAUUGGCUGUCUCGUCUCCAAUCAUAUCUUCCAUCUGAGAUACUGAAAGAGGGAUUUUCGGUUGACAUGAGGCUACUGACAUCCAUGAUGACUAUCAUAGGACAUGAUGGCAGAAUCUAAUGAAGAAAAUAAUAUGCCACAGCGUCAGAUCUUUUCCAGGAUAUUUUAAGUCUGACUUUCGUCGUGGUAAAAAGAGGUGUUUGACUGCCGCCAAGCACCUUGUUAAGACCAGCAUUAAGACAACGGCUCUACAUUUUUAUCUGUUGCCAAAGAAUAUAUCCCACACACCGUUGCCAACUGAGGAGCUUGAACUCCUCCAGGCAGGCAUGGGAAGACAAACCCUGACUCUUCCUGAAGAUGGUGAUCACGCAGAGAUUUCAAGGCUCCUGGCUGACACAUUUCCAAAAAUGGAGGGUCUAUGUGGAGGAUGGCUCUUGCAUAAGGCUACAGGUGGCAGUGGUAGACGAAAGCUCACUGUCAUUCCACCAGAAGCAGAGGGGUGUUCUGUCAAAGCUCUGCGAGCUAUGUCAGCAGGUGGCAAAGUCACUUUUUACAUUGUACCACUUCAGGAGACAUUGGACACCUCUCCACUGCCUCCUGACUCGCAUUGCUUUUCAAAAAUGCCAAAGAAGACAUUUUUCCAGUGUAAUGAAGUGAUGCCUUUGCAGAUGCUUGCAGUACACAUUAGGACAUGCAAUGGAAAACUAUCCUCUGAUGAGACUGUUGAUGAGGUGGUGUGUCCAAUUUGCACCAAAGAAUUCCCAGAGGAUGAAAUCACAGUCCAUGCUAGCCUAUGUGGAGCUUGUCAGGGACUCCUGCAGCACAUAACAAUAGUCCAACUACAUCUGCUCCACCUCCAGUAUGCAAACCAAAAAGUACGGAAGAUGUAUAGCGUUUACUUGAACACCAAGUUGACAUCACAACAGAAUUUAAACUGUGUGUGGAUAGAGAGGGCCUUCCAGACAGGGGCAUUCUCCAGUGGAAACGGAAAAAAAGCUGCAUCUCCUACCAGUACUCUUAAGGUGGUCUAUAUAGGAGAGGCAGGCAUUGACACAGGAGCAAUAAGGAAAGAGUUUUUGACUGAUAUGGUUUCAGGUAUUGAAAAUCGAUUCUUUGAAGGAGCUGGGAGCCAGGGUAAAAACCCUGAGUUCUCUUUGACAGACCUUGAUAAUGACAACUUCAGAACUAUUGGUGAAAUAAUGGCAGUAAGCAUUGCGCAAGGUGGCCCACCUCCUGCCUUUUUUAGAGCGUGGUGCUACAACUUCCUUUGCACAGGAGAGGUGGACUUCCAUUCUCUGUCAAAGGAGGAUGUAUCUGAUCUAGAAUCCUGUCUUCUCAUCAGCAAAAGGACAUUUUAA